UCCAAGAUGGCGGCCAUUCAACAGAGAAAAGUCCAAGAAGGACUACAGUUUAUGAGGGAGGCCGAAAAAAGCAUGAAAACAAGCUGGUUAAAGUGGAAACCUGAUCUGGAUAGUGCUGCAGACAGAUACAUGAAGGCUGGAAAUAGUUUCAAAGCUGGUCGUUCAUAUCCAGAGGCUGAAGAUGCUUUCAAGAAAGCUGCAGAGGCAUACUACAACAACAAUUCAUUUUUCCAUUCUGCCAAAGCAUUAGAACAAGCAGCAUCUGUACUCAAAGAAAUGAAAAGAAUAUCUGAAGCUGUAGAACUGAUAGAGAGAGCAGGGAUGCAAUACAGAGAGAGUGGAUCCCCAGAUACAGCUGCUAUGUGUCUCAUCAGAGGAGGAAAGAUGUGUGAAGGAAUGGAAGCUAGCAAGGCCAUAAACAUGUUUUUAUCUGCUGGGGAUCUCAAUGUGGGAGAAGAUAAGAUAAGAGAAGGAAUAGAGCCAAUGGUACAUGCUGUUAGGCUACUACUCAAAACAAAAAGGUAUGAGGAAGCCAUUGGAGUUAAGAAGAAAAUUCUAGAGUUAUACGGCAGUAUAGAGAACUUUGCCAUGAUGUACAAGACAGUGUUAGGUCUGGUGGUGGUGUACCUUCAUGAGAGCGAUUAUGUUGCUGCUGAUAAAUGUUACAAAGAUUCCUUCAGUAUUCCAGGGUUUGGCAGCUCAGAAGAAGCUGAAGCAGCAGAAAGAAUAUUGCAAUAUUUUGAUGAGGGUGAUGCUGAUGGACUGAAGUCCUGCACAUCUCAACCUUUAUUUACAUACUUGGACAAUGAGAUCGCAAAACUAGCCCGUUCCCUGAGAGUUCCAGGAGAUUUUCCAGAAAACCCAUCAAAACCAAAUAAACCUAAAAAUGAAUUGUUUGACAAACCAAAGAGUGUUGAAAAAGAUUAUAGCAAUAAAGAUGAGGAUGAAGAAGAAGAUGAAGAUGAUGAUGAUGAACAGUUGGACACAGAAUUAGAAAAGACAGAAGAAUCUGCUAAAGCAUUAACGAAUCCUGAUGAGGAAGAUGAAUUUGCUGGUGGUUUAUGCUGAUAAAGGAUAACGAAAUUAAAUGUUAGAUGUUACUGUGUGCUUUAUGACCAGGCAAAGUUCUUAUGUCAACCAACACUUGGCUAAAUGAUCAUAUAUGUUGACCUUUUACCAACUGUUUGCUAUCGGUCGAGUGUCUGUUGGGCAAUGAUCAGCCAACAGUCAACUUAGGCUGCGUUCAUAAUGUUUGGCAGAGGGGAGUGGUGGGGGG